AAGCGCAGACAGACGGUCUAGUAGGUAGUCUUUUCGCUGCCAUAGCAACAAGAAACACAAGGCUACGCCCUACUACUUAUGCGAGAAGUAUGACGUCAAACUUGGGUCAACGGAUUUUGAUAACACUCGGAUGUCCGUUCUCGCAGCCAGGGCCGUUUUAAACACUCGAUUAAGUGUUCUGCAUGAACAGUAGAUCUGCAACUGUGUUAGGAGAACCUGAUCACCUUUAGGGUUGACUCAAGGCAACAAAUUAAGCCUACUUGUAGUAAAUAUAGUUCAGCGUCAGUGUUGACCCUGUCCGUCAUGACAGAGCUUUGGAACACGGAAACAUAAACUUCACUCUUUGUAAGUACCAAGAAGAAAGGCGGGCUGGUAGUCGAGUCGCACGUGUGUACGGGUCGUAAAGAUACCGUGUUCGUUUAACGGAAGCUUUUGAAAGAGCGCCAUUUUAAGUCUGUUGUUGUUUAUCAGCUAAAUUUAAGCGAUCUGCUGCUGUGAAAAGAGUCUUGUUCCAUAACGAUGUUGUUUCCUGGCUCUUCGUGGGCAGUACUCACACAGUACCUCUCUCUCAAGAUGAAAUCAUUUACUGCAAGUCUUCCGGCCACUGGUAAUGGAGAUGCUAAAAAGGCAGAACCAACCAAGAUUAUCAAACAUAAGGAAGACAACCAGAAUGAGACCAACAAGAAAAUUGCCAGGAAAAAAUGGAAGCAGAUUGCCAGGAGAGCCUUCCGAGGAAGUAGACAGAAAAUGAAACUUAAUGAAAGUACAGACAGCGGUGUGUCGCUCGGGUUUGACGUUCUGGAAAAGGCCAGGUCAAUCGAAAACCUUGAUGUAGAAGGCUUAACGCUACUACAGAUUCUCGCAGUUAAUGCCUUGGAACUAAGUGCUCCUGCCAGUGACGUGUUACUGAGGAAUAAAAACAACAACUGGAUACAACUCUCUGGUCAUGAGGGGUCCUUAGCUCCUGCAGGACCAGGAACUAUAUGGAAGAAAAGAAAUUCAGAUGAGAGUGAAGUUCAGGCUUAUAAGGAGUUAAUGCAGGAUAGCAUGGCGGACGUGGUCCCGAAGUUCUACCGAGAUGUUGAAUACAACGGAGAAAAUUUUAUGGAAAUACAAGAUCUCCUGUAUGGCUUCACAAAUCCUGCUAUAAUGGACAUCAAGAUGGGGACUAGAACGUUUCUCGAAAUUGAAGUGCAAAACACCAAGGCCAGGGCAGAUUUAUACGAGAAAAUGGUUAAAGUCGAUCCUAACGCCCCAACAGCAGAAGAAAGAGAAUCUGGAACAAUAACCAAACUAAGAUAUAUGCAGUUUCGAGAAAAUCUCAGUUCCUCAUCAACAUUGGGAUUUAGAAUCGAAGGAUUUAAGACAGAACAGAAGACUCAGACUAAAGAUCUGAAACUGGUCAAAACAAAAGAGGACGUUAGAGCUACCAUGAAGCUUUUCCUUAGUGACAAUGAGAAGGUGUCUGGUCAACUUAUAGAUAGACUGAAGGUCAUACGGAAGAAAUGUGAACACUCUUCUUUCUUUCAUUCUCAUGAGGUGAUUGGUAGCAGUAUACUAUUGGUUCAUGACGCAAAAAAAGUAAGCGCCUGGCUUAUUGACUUUGCUAAGACGAAACCUCUACCAGAAGGUGUUGUAAUUAAUCAUAGGAACCCAUGGGCUGUUGGAAACCACGAAGAUGGCUACCUUUUUGGACUAGACAACCUUAUCUCGGUCUUGGAAGAUACUUUCUCACGCAAUACAUCUUCCUCUCUUGUUGAAUGACGCGCCAUCUAGUGUAGGUUUCGAGUGAUGCCAAUAGUAGAUCUUUAGUGAUGACAUCAUUUCGUCGACUAAUUGAGUUAUCGUCUAGUCUCCUGUUUUGACCUACCUUCUUCGAGUAGAUAGAAUUUUAUAUGGAGUUUUGAAUCCUGUGCGCAGUAUGAUGUGACGAAGAGGGAUUUGAAAGAUAGUUCAAGUGGACUAAAGACGAAGACGAGAAGCUGGUGUAAAAUGUACAGCCUAACUAAUAGUGUGUAAUUAUGUAGCAUUGGCCAGAGCAAAACGCUGGACGUUUAAACCCACCAAUUAUAGCUUUUCCCAAAUACUUAGAGAAUCUCGUCGAUAAAAAACACGUUCGACACUGAAGCAACAUACCUUUUGAGUUGCUGAGCAGAUUUCGAAACAGAAACAUUUAUUUUCUUAAAUUCUUCGGCUCAAACGAAAUGUCGUACUUCCAUUACAAAUUGCAAAGCUGGAUCGUCAAGGUCUCUAUUACUGGCUUUGGGCCAUAACUUUGGAAUUUUAUUUAGUUUUUUAUUUUUUAAAGAAAAUUUAUGUUACUCACACCCACCUUUUAUCUUCAGAAAAUUUAUUCCAUUUUACAAACUUUUUUAGCGUUUUGUUUUUCUUUUUUACUUGACGUAAGGUUCAAUUAUUUAAUUUGAACAUUUUAAAGCCAUAUCUUGUUUUACGUGUAAUUUGUUGAUCAUUUGUAAGCCAUAUUAUGCUUUCUUUUCAAAUUAAGGUGUUGCUCCCGCCUAGCGACUGGAACAGAAAUCAGUAUCCUCUUAGACUUACAUUUUAGUAUAAUACAACUUUUAAGUAUGGUUUAUAAACACGGAAAACGUUUUUAAUGUUUAUCAACAUGUAAUGUUUUUUUAAUCUGGUGUGACUCAUAAAGUAAACGUCUUGAAGUUAAUAGCUAAUCAACUUGUUGUAUACGAACUGGACUAAGAUGGAACUAUCAAGCCUAUUUAUGUUUGUUUUAGUUCUUCUGUAUUGAGUGGUUUAAAAUCUCAAUAACGGAAACCCUUAAGACAAAAGACAAAUAGUUUGCAUAGGCCUUAUCAUCAAUGUGAUAUAACUUUGGGUUUUUGACAUAGUUACUAGUAUUAGAAACUGUAUGAUACACUUUAGUAGAUUUAGUAAUUAUUAUUAUGGUUUAGAUUACUGUCUAUUAGGGUUGCUGAAAGAAUACUCCCAAUUGUACUUAUGAAACACAUUUUUUUUGUCAUAGCUCCACAUGAAAUAAGAUACUCAAAUACCUUUCCAGCGGGAACAUGUAUUAUAGUAUUAGAAAUGUGAAGUUCGUGUUGAUGGAAGACAUAAUGUGAAGUUCGUGUUGAUGGAAGACAUAAUGUGGAACGUUAUGGUAGAGUAGAGCUUUAAUGGACUGCAAUUGCCUAUUGAAAGAAAAGGAGACGACACUUCGACUUUUAUUCUUUAUACAAGCUCAAACGACGUCUUCUAUUCCCAGAACAGGCAGUUGAAGUCCAUUAAAGUUCUUUAAUCUACAAGAAAACGUAAUUUUGAAGACAAAGCCGUCAUUAUUUGAAAUAAACGUUUUUGCUUGGAAAUGUUGGAUACAGGUUGUUUGUUGAGUAAGUAGAUUGGCGAAACGUUGACGGUGCAAUUAGAAUGUGUUUCGGGAAUCGGUGUUCGCAACGUUACGAUUCUGACAAGCAUUAAUUGAUGUGCAAAACGUGGAAGCUUACCACGGAAAUGAUCAAUCGACAACUAAACUUAUCUCUUCAUCAACUGUAGCUGAUGUGAACUCUGAGAUGGAAAAAUCUGAGUUGAAUAUGUUUUCUGACGCGUAAAUUGUGUUUUAAAUAUAUUUUCUUUUCUUAUGUGUUAUUUGACCUGCUGUUCCGAAGUUGUAUUAACACCUAACUAGAUAUAGUAAAGAUAACCUGAUCAGUUGCUUACUAGGAUACCUUACAACAUAACUAGAUAUAGUAAAGAUAACGCGAUCAGUUUUUUACUAAGUUCUCUUACAAGAGAACUAGAAAUAAAGAUUAUCUGGUCAGUUGCUUAGCGAAGGUUCAUCUUAGUACUAUACUGAUAUAUGUUUAUAUUGGUUAAGUAUCAGGUAAUUCUUCCAAGUAGCAGUAAAGUUUGAUGUUUUACAAAAAAAAAUACCUGUUUUAUUUUGAAGAUAUCCAUAAAUUAUAGAAUUCAUGUUAUGAAUAUUAAUAAGAACAACGUGAUCAUGCAAUAAAAAGUAAUUACAAAAAGAAGUACAUAAAUAAAACUGUUCAAACUUUGGUAAACUGUUAAAAAUAUCAAUAAGUUGUGAGCCAAAGAAGACUGGUAAAAUAUGUUGGAAAGAUGUAUUAAUUUAUGUGUAAAUAUAUAUUGUAGCGUAAUUAUUAUUAUUUUGUUGCUGUUUAUUAAAAUUGUACAAACUAGUAUUAAA